UCAAGAUGGAGAAGCCGAAAUUCAGUCCUUCUGCCCUGACGGGUUCCCGUGGUGCCCUGCACAUGGCGCAGAUCGUGGUGUGCUUGGUGACGUUUGUGGUGGGCUACAUCUGGGGUCACCCGUCACACACCUACUGGAUCUACAGUAUGGUGGUCUGGGGUUUGUGUCCUGUCAUCUCACUGGUCAUCACCAUAGUGGAGAUGUUCCUCAUCCACAAGCUGAUCCUGGUGUUUUGCAUGGACUGGGACGACUUCACGACCGGCAUGGCCAUGAUGUCGUCGCUCUGCACGUUCUCAUGCACGGUGACAUGCGCCAACUUCUACAUCUGCCGGAAGUGCAUCUGGGGCUGGAUGAUCACGAUCCUCUCCGCGGUGUGUUGCGUGCUUUACUGCGUGGAGAUGUUCAAGGACAAAUGUGACGCGACGCGCUCUGCGACAUAUGUAGCUGCGCUUCCUGGCUUCAUUAAGAUUCUCCAGGCCUUUGUUGGCUGCAUCAUCCUCAUUUCCCUGAUCGGUUAUGUGGGUAAACCGGCUCUGCUGUGGUGCAUCGUUGCCUACGCCAUUCCUUUGCCUUUAACCCUCCUGAUCAUAAUCACCAACAUCUUGACCAAGUUAAAGAAAUGUCUGCCCUUCAGCAUUGAUUGUUUCUCCAUGAUUUUCCUGUUCAUAUCAGUUCUGCUGUACGUCUCUGCUGCAAUCCUCUGGCCCAUCUACAGCUUCAGAGGAAACCCGCGGCCCAAAGACUGUCCAGGAAACAGCUGCAUAUGGAGCAUCCAGUUUGUUGUGGCCUUCAUGACCUACGUCAACCUCGGCCUGUACAUCAUUGACCUGGUCUUCACCUGCUGUGGAAUCUGUGGAUUUAAACGUUCUCAAUAGUAUCACUACUGUAUACACUCUUAAGAAGAAAAGGGGGUUUUCCAGAGCAAUGCCAUUGAAGAACCUUUCAUGGAACAGUUCUUAAAAUAACUAUUAUUUUCUUAAUGUAAAGAGCUUUUUAAUAAUCUAAAGAACCUUUUUCCACUAUUGUUGAAUGGAAAUGUUCCAUGGAUGUUAAAUGUUCUUUGUGGAAGUAUAGAUGCAGAACCUUUCUUUUUAAGAGUAUAUUUCAAGGUACUCUUGUUUCUAUGUAGUCGGAUGUAUUUUGUAUUUUGCUUUCAUUGAAUGCUUGAUUUUUCAAAAUAAAUGAUUUUAUUUGA